AUGUCGAAGGAUCCUACGCGACCAAACGUCGUGCUCAUCUUGGCCGACAACCUCGGCUGGGGUGAGCUAGGAUGCUACGGAGGCGGCGAGCUUCGAGGUGCACCCACGCCUCGAAUCGACAGGCUGGCCACCGAGGGUCUCCUGCUGCACAAUUUCAACGUCGAAAGCGACUGCGUCCCGACCCGAUCGGCCCUCAUGACCGGCCGACACCCGAUCCGCACGGGGUGCCGGCAGUCCGUACCCCCUGGGUUCCCUCAGGGCCUCACGCCGUGGGAGAGAACGCUGGCCGAGUGCCUCAAGGACAACGGCUACUCGACGGCGCACCACGGCAAGUGGCACCUCGGUGACGUUCCCGGCCGCUAUCCCUCCGACAGGGGCUUCGACGAGUGGUUCGGUAUUCCGCGGACGACGGACGAGACGCAGUUCACGAGCGCGCCUGGGUUCGACCCCGAGGUGGCCGAGCUGCCGUACAUCAUGAGGGGCAGGGCCGGCGAGCCGUCGGAGAACGUAUGCGUCUACGACCUGGAGAAGAGGAGGCUGAUUGACGAGAUGCUGGUGGCGCGGUCCAGGGACUGGCUCUCUCGGCAGGUUGAGGCCGAGAAGGCGUUCUUUCUGUACCACCCGCUCGUCCACCUGCACUUCCCGACGCUCCCGCACAAAGACUUUGCCGGGAAGACGGGCCAGGGCGACUUCGCGGACUCCAUGGCCGAGAUGGACCACCGCGUCGGGGAGAUCCUCGACCACGUCGACGACCUGGGGAUACGGGAGAACACCAUCGUCAUAUUCGCCUCGGACAACGGUCCGGAGUUCAGGGAGCCGUACAGGGGGACAGCCGGUCCCUGGUCGGGAACGUACCACACGGCGAUGGAGGGCAGCCUCCGGGUCCCCUUCAUCAUCCGGUGGCCGAGCCGCGUCCCGCGGGGCGUCACGCACAACGGAAUUGUCCACGUCACGGACCUCUUCACGACCAUCCUCUCCAUGACCGGCGCCGCGGUGCCGUCGGACCGGCCCAUCGACGGGGUGGACCAGACGGGAUUCUUCCUGAGGCCGCCCGAUCGGAGGACGCCGUCGCCCCGGCAGGGUUUCCCGUUUUACAUCAAGGACGAGCUGCGCGCCAUCAAAUGGAGGGACUGGAAGCUCCACCUCGUCUGGGAGCCGAAGGUCAACCAGUCGAGCGGGAGGCUGGAGUCGCCAUACCUGUUCAACGUUGUCAGGGAUCCCAAGGAGGAGGUUGACAUCCUUGCGUACAACACCUGGGUCCUGCAGCCCAUGUUCAGGCUGAGGGCCGAGUUCCAAAAGAGCCUCAAGGACGAUCCUGCGCCGCCUGAUCCGCUGAAGGAGAUUUAG